CUUGAGCACAUGCAGACAGAGGGAGAGGGGGAUGAACGAGGUGCGCACAUGUGAGGAUCUCCUGAACUGCCGGGGCAAGGCAGGACUGGUGAAGAGAGAAGAACAAGAAGAGGAGGAGGAAUAGAGGAAUACUGCAGAGGCUGGCCAGCUUCUCUCUCUAUCUCCCUCUCUAUCUUUCUUUUGCUUCACUGCUUUACUGCUUUCAUCCCCCUGUCUUCUUCAUCCCCUUCUCUCCCCCUCUGCCAAUUAUACCAUGAACCUGCCUGCUGCUUGUUGCUAAGGGGGAGCCAGCCGGGGGAGCAAAGUGGACCAGGCAUUAUUUUGUUUCUAAGGACUUAGUGAAAAUGGCGGAGGGGCUCAGAGACCAGGGCGGCGCGGGCACCACUGAUCCCGAGGAGGACUCCCCCAAUAUGAUCGUCUACAGAAAGAUUGAAGACAUUGUUACAAGAAUACAAGAUGAGAAAGCAGGAGGUGUAGCCAUCCGGACCGUCAAAAGCUUCCUUUCCAAGAUCCCCAGUGUGGUAUCAGGGACGGAUAUUGUUCAGUGGCUGAUGAAAAACCUCUCCAUUGAGGAUCCAGCUGAAGCCAUCCACCUCGGGAGUCUGAUCGCUGCACAUGGCUACAUCUUCCCCAUCUCCGACCACGUCCUGACACUUAAAGAUGACGGCACCCUUUAUCGCUUUCAGUCUCCAUACUUCUGGCCUUCAAACUGUUGGGAGCCUGAGAACACAGACUAUGCCAUUUACCUGUGCAAGCGCACCAUGCAGAAUAAAGCCAGGCUUGAGCUAGCCGACUACGAGGCUGAGAACCUCGCCCGGCUGCAGAGGGCUUUCGCCAGGAAGUGGGAAUUUAUCUUCAUGCAAGCUGAGGCUCAAGUGAAGAUCGACAGGAAGAAGGACAAGGCAGAGAGGAAGAUCCUGGACAGCCAGGAGAGGGCAUUCUGGGACGUCCAUCGGCCGGUGCCAGGCUGUGUCAACACCACAGAGAUGGACAUCCGCAAGUGCCGAAGGGAGAGGAACCCACACAGGGUAAAAAAGUCGGUGUAUGGGGUACCAGAUGACGGUCAGAGCCAGCCGAGUCCCAUCCACAUCAGCUCCCAGCCGACCAGGAAGCCCACCAAAGAGGACGUUCAGAAGGAGAUUACGUUCUUGAACAUCCAGCUGGACAGGCACUGUAUGAAGGUUUCCAAAGUGGCCGACAGUCUGAUGAGCUACACAGAGCAGUUCGUGGAGUACGACCCCUUUGUGUCGGCCACAGAGCCCUCCAACCCCUGGAUCAGCGACGACACUUCCUUCUGGGACUUGGAGGCAAGUCGUGACCCCAGCCAGCAGCGUGUGAAGAAAUGGGGCUUCUCUCUGGAGGAGGCGCUCAAGGACCCGGCAGGACGGGACCAGUUCUUGAAGUUCCUGGAGUCAGAGUUCAGCUCAGAGAACCUGCGGUUCUGGUUAGCAGUGCAGGAUCUGAAGCGACGGCCGCUCCAGGACGUGCCCCCCAGGGCACAGGAGAUCUGGCAGGAGUUCCUGGCUGAGGGGGCGCCGAGCCCCAUCAACCUGGACUCGCACAGCUACGAGCGCACCAGCCAGAACCUCAAAGACCCCGGACGAUACAGCUACGAGGACGCUCAGGAGCACAUAUUCAAGCUAAUGAAAAGUGACAGCUAUGCACGCUUUUUGCGAUCCAACAUCUACCAAGACCUCCUGUUAGCCAGAAAGAAGCAGCCAGCAGACACUGAACAGGGCCGCCGCACCUCCUUGGAGAAGUUCACCCGCAGUGUGGGCAAGUCUUUGACGGGAAAGCGCCUGACAGGUCUGAUGCAAUCAUCCUGACACAGCCUGUGCUGGAGGGGCGCAGCUGGACCCCGUUGGAGGGGUGACCGCCACACAUGGGCCGGGGCAGGGGCACGGACAGUGGAGCUGGGCCGGACAGGGCCUCUGCGGAGGCUCUCAGACACUGCUCCGAGGACUGCGGCCAUACUGGUCGUGCAGCCCUGUGCCUGCUGGGGUGGACAGCCUAAAUGGAACCACUGAGGAAAAGACAAUGCUGACAAGGGGCACCUCAGCCGACACACCACAUGGCAUGCAGCAUACAGUACAAGCAAAUCCAGACUAGGGCUGCCCUCUGUUCAUCACUUGGUUGACAAACUGGUUGUUAGGCUCUUUGUCGACUAAGCUGAUUAGUUUAUAUUGUUUUCAUUUUGUUUUAUAUACAUGUUUAUUGGAUAUUAAAAGCAACAAUAUUCUUUGAUAAAAACUGCAUUUAAAAGCUAUUUGCCACAACACUUGCAAUGAAUUGACUAUUGCUUUAUUUGUCCUCAAAGAGAUGGGGCCAGUCCCAACUCAGACAUACCUGCUUAAAUAAAAGGUUCAAGAGGCACAUCAACACAGACAUAAAUCUAUUUUACAUAUGUCUCUCUACUCGCAAGGCAGCCAGCAAUAAAUAAAGCGUAAGACCACUUUUUUCUCUUUUUUUUUAGAAAUAUAUCCAACCUCUUUUUAUAACUUUGAAAUUUCUAUUAUAUCUGUUUCUUAUAAUAGAUAAUACAUGACAGUUAAAUAGUGAACAUAGUUUUGGCAGUACUCAAGAAUACAAUGUUGGUUUUUCACAUAAGUUAUAUUAAAUUACAUCUACAAAUUUGAUUUUUGAAGGUAUAAUGUUUCAUGCUUCAUUACAUUCCAGAAUCUGGCAUAAGGGCUUAAUGUAGCACCCACACUGCACCGUUGCAUGUUUCAUCCAAAUGUCUUUGUUGAGGAUUAAUGUUUCGUCUCCACAACAGCGCUUUGUACUGAGACUUAUGACAAAGAUGACUUUAUUCCAGUUGGCAAAUUGGUCCACUACUUUAACAACGUACAGGCUUCAAGAUCCAAAAUUUUCAGGCUGCACAGUCAAAUUAAUCAAUUUCAAAUGUCUGCAUGAAUAACUGAGAUGCUUAAAAACGUGGCCCACAUGGUUGCGUGAAUCACAGAGAUUUGAGGUUUACUUUAGCUCUAGUGAGCACAGUCACAUGUGAAAUAGCAUCCACAUGCUUUUUGGGCUCCCACUGUAGUGUCAUUUUUAAGGUUUCCAGUGCCAUGGGUCCAUCUAGUGGUGGUUAAACCACAGGACCAGCAACAGAGUGUUAUGAGACUGUAUUCUGCUGUGUUCACAUUAUAGUGAAGGAUAUCGUGAUGUCAAAAACUAGCUGUUCUCCAAUCACGUGGAUAUUACAAGGCCUGCGGCCCAAUAUGGGAUCAUUUCUGUUAUGUUGUUUUUGUACUGCAUGAUUAUCCCAUCUGUUGUUUUCUGAAAACAAUGAGAGCUAUCCAUUUUUGUUUGGCAAAAUGAAUGCCAUGACUCCCCAUCUCAUAGUGUCAUGUGUUUUAAUGACUAAGGGGAAAAUGGUGCAUGUUUUUGGACCAUAAUGGAGCGUUAACUGAGGAGAAGAUGAUUUGACUCUCCAAAGACAGCGCACAGAUGGGGAAAAGCCCUGAACUGGGGCAACAAUCCUCAGUGAAUGGACAUCAAAGCCCUGAAAUGCAACUGGGAGCAAUAUCUGACCCGUCAUGGGCGCUGCACACUGAACAUUUAAGCCUCUCCACUCCGCUGUGGCUCCAACCUUCUUCUACAGACAGAAAGUGCUCGGACUAAAGUGAUUUCAACCUCACAACUCCCCCAUGAGGCCAGUGACUGAGACAGUGACA